AUAGGCAUCAGGAAUUGCGUUAAAUUAGUCACUGCAUCAGAGAGACGUACUGAGCCCAUUGUGUUGCAACAGGGGGACUGUGAGUGGGUGACUUUUAUUGCUGCAAUUAACGCGAUGGGCUAGGCAAUUGCGCCCUACCUCAUCUUCAAAGCAAAGAACCACGACGCGUCCUGGUACCCUGAUUUGAGGCCGCAAUAGCACUUCAUUGAGCAGACCAAGGGCCGGAGGGUGGGUAGCCAUGUGCUGCUGAUAAUCGACGGCCACGAAAGCCACAAGUCGCUUGCCUUCUAGGAUCUUUGCGAGGAGAACAAGAUAAUUACCCUAUGUAUGCCCUCACACUUAUCACACAUCCUGAAGCCGCUUAAUGUGGGCUGUUUUGCCCCCUUGAAGCGGGAGUAUAGCAAAGAGAUUAGAGUCUUGGCAACAGACCACCUUGGCCGAAUUGACAAGAAGGCCGUCAUCGCAACGUUUGCAAAGGUUUUUGAGAAGGCGUUCUUACAAGAAAAUAUCACAUCAAGCUUCAAGGCAACUGUCUUAGUGCCCAAUAACCUAUUAGUGGUGCUAUCAAAGCUUGAUGUCAAGCUUCGGACGCCAACACCGCCUCUACCAGGGGGGACCCAAUGGAACCCCAAG